AUGUCCCUCUCACACGCCCUCGCCCUCCUCGCCCUCCUGCUGCCGUGUGGACGGUGUCAGUUUGAUGUCUGUCGAUCUCUGCGUGGCUCAAAGGCGGGGCCUCAGUUUUACGCCUGUCAGCCGCCCCCAACCAACAUGAAGGAGGUGAUGCAGAUCAGAGUUGACCCCCCUGGGAUCACCUGCGGAAACCCACCUGAGAGAUUCUGUACACUGGAGAACCCGUACCUGUGCAGCGAUGAGUGCGACGCCUCUAGCCCAGACCUGUCUCACCCUCCUCAGCUCAUGGGAGACAGGGAGAGGGGUGGGCUCAUCACUUACUGGCAGACAAUCACAUGGUCCAGGUUUCCUGAGCCCCUAUUGGCCAACAUCACCCUUACCUGGAACAAGAGUCUGGAGGUGGUCGAUGACAUUGUUGUUACCUUCGAAUAUGGCCGUCCAACCAGCAUGGUGCUGGAGAAAUCCAUCGACAAAGGUGUCACUUGGCAGCCGUAUCAGUAUUAUGCCGACGACUGUCUCGAGGCGUUCGGCAUGUCGCCCAAACGAGUCUCUGAUUUAACACCAAGUAACAUUACCCGGGUCAUCUGCACCGAGCAGUACUCCCGCUGGGUCGGCGCUAAGGAAGAGAAAUCUGUGGUGUUUGAGGUGCGAGCUCGGUUCGGGGUGUUUGCUGGUCCAAAGCUGAUCAACAUGGAUGCUCUGUACACUCGGAUGGAGACCACAAAGGGACUCAGAGAUUUCUUCACUUUCACCAACCUCCGACUGAGGCUCCUCCGCCCGGCACUGGGAGGAACCUACGUCCAGAGAGACAACCUGCUGAAAUACUUCUAUGCUAUUUCCAACAUUGAUGUUUUUGCCAGGUGUAAGUGCAACCUGCAUGCAUCUCAGUGUGCGCUGCGCGAUGCGACACUGCAGUGUGAAUGUGACCACAAUACGGCUGGACAGGACUGUCAGAGCUGCAGCCGAGAGUUCACAUCUCGCACCUGGAGACCAGGAUCAUACCUGUCCCUGCCCAAAGGCACUGCCAAUGCCUGUGAAGCAACAGAACCUGCAGCCACCACUUAUACUGUAACUGACAGUACUACUACUACAACUAGCAGUGACAGUACUACAGCCACUUAUACUGUAACUGACAGUACUACUAAAACUGAUAGUAAUACAGCUUUGAGUACUACUAACCGCAUGACUGAUAAGACUUUGAAUGACCCAACUUCUCCUAAAGACAUUCCUUUGACUACAUUCAUGUACACAUUAAUGUCUGAUAACAGCACAGAGGGUCCUCUUAUGGUUUCAGCUGAUAUUUCUACUAAUACUGGAGGCAAUUCAAGUACCAGUACAUACAUGACUGACUCUAGUACUGUGACUUACUUUACUAGUAGUAAUGAUUCAGCUGACCUUCCUUUAACUGCUAUGGACUCUACCUCAACACUCAUAACUGGUACAGUAGUUCUUACUGCUGUCCGUAGUACUAUUAGUACUACAGGUUCUGUUGCCUUUACAGACUCAUUCAGUACAGCUGGACCUACCACAGACACAGCUCCACCCAACACUCCACGUCUGAAGACUGGAGAAAAACCACCUCCCAGAGUACUAGACAGUACCACCAGCCGUCCUACUAGUACCACUCCCACUGUCCAAGGCAGCAGUACUGACACUGGAGGGUCUAUCUCUGACCCACUGGGUCCACCCUAUAACUCCACUUCAGACUUUGGUGUGCUUGGGACUGAUAUAUCGAAGGUGGUGACCAGUGCUGUGUCACCUACUGUCGCAACACCAUCAGCUGGAAUUCUGCCUCUAACAACCAUCCCAGAAACGUUUUCCCCAGGUGACGGGUCUCAAUCUGAAGACUUUCUCCCCACUGGAUCUGUCCGUAUCAGUCAGGCUGGAGAUACUCUCUUUACAACAAAACGUGAUGGAAUUUUUCUUCGUCCUGAUAUACCUCCUCUGGCUGUACCUCCUCCAGAUCUACCACUGGAAGCUCCCUCUGUGGAUAUACCUUCUGCUCUUAAUGAAGCCCUUCCUGAUGUAAUUUCUCCUGAUGUUUUACUGGAUGUACUAUCUCCGGAUACACUUUCUCCUGAUGCAUCAUCUCCGGUUACACUUACUAAUAAUGUACAGCUACCAGAAAUGCCCCCUCUUGAUCUAUCAUCUCCAGAUACACUCACUCCUGAUGAAAUAGUUCCUUUUGUUCCAACCCCCAAUGUACUGUUUCCAGAUGCACCAUCUCCUCCUGCUUUAUCUUCCCUCAAUGUUCCAGCUCCUGAUGGAGCUCCUACUGAUAUAUCUUUCCUUGAGGUACCUACUCAAGAACUUCCUCGUCCUGAUCUCUCUCUGGAAGGACCACCUCCUGACAUACCUGCUCCUGAUGUACCUCUUCCCGACCCGCCUUCUCGUAAUGUAUUUCCUCCCGAUACACCUCCUCCUGACCUACCUUUUCCUGAUCCACCUUCUCCAGAUGUACUUCCAGAUGGGCCAUCCACUAAGACACCAGAUACUUCAGUAGAUUUUUCUCCUCCUGAUGUACCUUCUCCUGAUGGGGCAUCUCCAGAAAUACGUCCUCUUGAUGCUACCCCUCCAGCUCCAGAUAUUCCUGUGGACUCCGUGUUGCCUCCCUAUGGAGGUGGUCCUGUAUCAGACACAAAGUCCGCUACUAUAGAUCAGUCUGACCCUGCUGGUGAUUUAGCACCUGUUGACUUUACCUUCCCAGUUCCAGAAAACCCAAAGUCAGCUGGCCCUGGACAAGAUUCAGGAUCCGAUUCUCAGCCCAUGCCUGUGGUUGAACCUGGCAAUGUUUCAAGUGACAAUAUUGAAACGCCUGGAUCUAAUUCUAUCAAUGCUGGACAGGAAUCUUUUGCAGUAAAGCAAGGCAGAGGAGAGACAGGAAAUGAAAAAUCUGAAUCAAGUGGUCCAGAUUCUUCUGUGCCAUACAGAAACAUUCCUAAUGUGGAUCCAAGAGUGGAUCCAGGCAGUGAGAAUCCUGCAGUAGAUUCUACAGCAAACAAAAAGGAAAGAACGUCUUCUGGAGAGGAAUCUGUUGAACCAUCAGGAGGGUUGAAGUUUGAGGAAAAGACAGACUCGAAACAAGAAAUGACAAGAGAGGCAACAAAGGAAAAAGUGCCUGAAGCCAAAGAGGAAACUAAAGAAAAAUCUAAAGCCGAAGGAGAGAAGGAGAAAGAGGACAAAGGCUAUGAGAAGAAAGCAACCCAGAAGAUCCUGAUUCCAGGAGGACCAAAGUUCAGUCAGCUGUCCAAAAUUGCCUAUGUGAGCUUCCAGGACUGUGAGUGUAAUGGUCACUCCAACCGCUGCAGCUACAUCGACUUCAUCAACGUGGUCACAUGUGUGAGCUGUAAACACAACACGCGGGGGCAGAAUUGUCAGUACUGUCGCCUUGGUUACUACCGAAACGCCUCGCUGCCGCUGACUGACGAGAACGUCUGUGUUGAGUGCGAGUGCCACGCAGACGGCAGCGUGUCUCCUAGAUGCUUGGACUCGGGUCUUUGUCAGUGUAAAGACGGAGCCACGGGGAGGCGCUGUGACUCCUGUUUACCUGGAUACACCUGGAGAGGAGGCGGGGCCGGCUGCACAGCAAACGUGUGCGACAGUGAGCGUUUGGUCUGUCGGAAUGGAGGAACCUGCGUCGACUUCCUGCGCUGCAUCUGUCCUGAAAACUUCACAGGUUUAUUCUGCGAGCAGAGGGUGUGUCUGAAGAAGAACGGCUGCCUGGAGAACGCUGAGGACUCCGCCUCCUCUCUGGCGUCACACCUUUACCUGCUGACCUUCGGUCUGAUCACCGCCACUUUCUGCUGACCCCGCCCCCAGGCACAAUGUCCCAUAAUGACAUCACCUGGGACGACGCGAUUGCAACCAAAUGUUUUUCCCUGAACUUCAUGUUUUUUUACGUUGUCGUACAGGAUAUUACAUCACAAUCUUAUGACAUCACAUAAGGCCCUGCACGCUAGGACGAUCAUCACAUUAUAAUUUUAGGAGAUCAACAACGGGUCACUUUAACCUGACAAAUCAGAGACAGCCGAACUCUGCAGGGACAGAGCUGCCUCAACCC